GUUCCGCCGAAGAGAUUUGUCUCUCCAUCUGGAAACCACGCUACUUUCAUUGCAGUUUCAUUCUCUUUUUGACGUAGGUCGUCGAGAAUUCUAGCCGUGUUCUUGUGGUUCACCUUGCGAGAUGACGUCCAAGGUUUCCCGCGAUACUCUUUAUGAAUGCGUAAAUGCAGUGAUACAACAUUCUCAAGACAAGAAAAAGAAGUUUUUGGAGACAGUGGAGCUUCAAAUCGGAUUAAAGAACUAUGACCCACAGAAAGACAAGCGUUUCUCAGGAACUGUAAAGUUGAAGAACAUCCCCAGGCCUAAAAUGCAGGUGUGUGUUCUUGGAGAUCAACAGCAUUGUGAUGAAGCUAAGGCUAAUAAUAUUCCGUAUAUGGAUGCAGAAGCGCUCAAAAAAUUAAACAAAAAUAAGAAACUUGUAAAGAAGCUUGCAAAGAAAUAUGACGCAUUUCUGGCCAGUGAGUCAUUGAUCAAACAGAUCCCACGUCUGCUUGGUCCUGGUUUGAACAAGGCUGGUAAAUUCCCUGGAUUGUUGUCCCACCAGGAAUCAAUGGUUGGCAAAAUUGAUGAAGUCAAGGCCACCAUCAAGUUUCAGAUGAAAAAGGUGUUGUGUCUGUCGGUGGCAGUCGGACACGUCGAGAUGACACCCGAUGAGUUGGUGCAGAAUGUGCACCUCUCGAUAAACUUUCUCGUUUCUUUGUUGAAGAAACACUGGCAGAACGUCCGCUCACUACACAUCAAAUCGUCCAUGGGACCGCCACAGCGAUUAUAUUGAGUUAUAUUCAAUGCAAGUAUAUAUUGUAAUAAAAAUGGAAAACUUUGAAA